AUGCAAACCCAUAACACACUAAUAUGGGUAAUAGUAUAUUUGGUUUCAAAUGGUCCACAGAAUCUCAUAACAUGUAGGACUGUUCCAGCAGGUGUAGAGGCAUACGUUCGAGACCCAGUUGAACCCUCGCGAGAAUGUGAGCCAAAACAACCGGAUUCCAGUUCGCAUGAAAAAUUAGUCAGUGAUUCCUGUUCAUACAUAUCGCAAGGUCCUAAAAAACCUAUAAUUCUUGAUAUCAAUUUCCAUUUUUCGACAGAUUUAUAUGAUUUAUACAAUAUUGGUGAUUAUUAUUCAUAUAUCUCCAAGAACGGUAAUUUAUUUGGAAAAAUAAGGGAAGAUGGAAAAGUACUAUGGGACCCUGGUCCGUCAGAAUAUGCAACUAAAGUUAAUGUUUCUGGAGGCGACAAGGUGUCCAUUCUUUUGGAGAAUGGGACUAAAAAGGUGUUUAAAAGAGCUGACAAACACUGGCUUGAAGCCGGAGAAGACGAAUUUGAAGAUGAUAAACAGAACUUCGGCGACAAUGCUAGAUGUAUUUGUGUAGAUUCUGAAGGUUCGAAGGCCUUGAAGCCUAAACAGGGUCAUUAUCGCAAAUCAAUUCCUUUGAACGGAAACGAUGCAAGUGUAGUAGCAGAGAAUGGUGGUAACGAACGUCCUGCAAACACUAAUCAGGAUUUAACAGACCCAUUUAACCUCGAGAUAUUUUCCGCGGGCAGUAGUGGCUCGAACGAUCCCUCCAAAAACCACUUUGUGAGGGUGGAGCCACGCGAAGCUUACUACAUAUUUAAACAGGGCGUCAACUGUGACCGGGUUAAGGUAAACGGAGACUUAAUAUGGGAACAUAACGUCCUAGAUACCCAAGGAACGUACCCGAAGUCUGUCAUUUAUUAUAAGGAAUCGCAGCUGUCCAUCAUUUUCAAGGACGAUAUUAUGCUAUUUGGAAAAUUGGGAUGCAAAUGGACCCCGAAAAAUAGACUCAAAAAUAGGGCGACUUGUGAAGAUGGGUCAGGACUUUCGUGCCAUCAACCUGGAGUAGAGGGACUUACUAAGUCGGCAGAUUUAUGUGCACACUCAAUCAGUUCACUAAGUGAAACAUGUUGUCAAGGAACACUUAAUUACAACAACAACAACAUUGCACGCCGGAACGCCAAUAACAAUUCGCUUGGACUGUCAACGCCACAUUUAUCUCGUAGGGCCUCCACUUCGACCCUCGGUUCUGACGCUUCACUCGUCAAGUUAAGCCCAAUUGAACUCGAUGUUAAAAACACAGACUCAACGGAUACAUUUACGUGUAUCAAGAAAGACGGUUUCGCAAAAUACACUGCGAAAGAAGGAUAUGGGUUUUCAUCUGUAAAGAAGACUGGUGGUACCUUUUCACGCACAGUAGAGGAAGUCUGGAACAGCCCAGAUCCUAAACACUGUGCAACCACCGUCGUCAGAGAUGGAGCGGGCGGCUCAAACAUGAGCAACGUCACAUUAUUCUUUGACGCCAAUUACAAGCAUUUCAAAAAGUCAGACACUUCGUAUUUUCUAGACUCGGACAUAAGGUUGUUUGAAGUGGAUCCGACCGAUACUACAAAAACAAAGCAACUUCCUAGUUCGCAGUACACACGGAGCUACGAAGAGGACGUGUUUAAAUUCGAGUUCAAAAACGAAGUGAAGUGUUCAGAGGUUAAAUAUAUGCACCGACGUUUAGAAGGCGAUCAGUCUUCGAAAGUGGUUGUAAGUCUUGAACAGGUAUGGAAUCAUGACUCCACCAAGCACGGCGAUCAGUAUCCCAAAGUUCUCAAAUACUACUGGCCAGAUAAGUUGUUGAUAAACUUCGAACACAUAUCUAUCAUUCAUACUAAGAGCUCCCAAGGUAAAUGGGAUGAUGGUUUCAUGUUUGAGGUUAGAAUGUACGCUAAAGAUUCAAAGGGUGUAAUGAAAGAACUUGACGCCUCAGCAUAUGGUAUAACAAGUAAGGACGACGAACAAACAUUCACUUUUAAAAGAGAUGUUAACUGUGAAAUGGUUAAAAUUAAAGGCGUUGAGGUGUGGAAGCACAGCUCCGAUAAACAAGGCGAUAAUGCAUCAAUUUUAUACGUCGACUUCGACACAUUCUUCGUAAUGUCCAAAAGGAAAGCAGAUAAUACGUGGAAAUCAAACGAAUUCAUGAUUAAGUUCUACAGAGCUGACCCUAAAGAUGAGAACGAGGUGGUGGAACUGACACCAAGCAGCUUCACAAUUGAGGAGGACCCUCAGGGGUUCGACAUUAAGAUGAACGAGGGCGUGAAGUGCACGCUGAUUAAGUCUGACACUAAAAUAUUGUGGAAACACGGGCACGCCACGGAUACUGAGAACCACCCGUCUGUGGUUCGAUAUUGUCAAAAGAAUGUUCUGGUGCACCUGGCCGACUCGAUUUUCCUCUGCGAGAAGGACGAUUCCAACAAUUGGAAGAAGUUUGACUUCCCAUUCAAGAUGUACAAACGGGACCCGAAUGUGUACAGCAACUUCCUGGAACUCACCGGCAGCGACUACAACCUGGUCCACCAAGGGGACAACUACAAGUUCAGCAUUAAGAAGACUGCAAACGUGGCAUUGGUUAAGAUGGACGGUCAAGAGCUCUGGAAGUACGACGCAUACAUCGGGCAGUGUCCGCGGCCGACUGCGCUAAUUUACGCUAAGAAUAAGAAAAAAUUUUCCUUGGACUACGAGAAUUUCUUCACGAUUUAUAAAAAGGAAUCCGACGGCUCCUGGGACAAGGGGCAAAUCAUCGAUAUGAAGCUGUACACGCAGGACCCGAACGAUCCUGAAAAAUUCUUGACCAUCACCGACAACCACUAUAAACUUAAUGACCAAAUUGAAGAGUUCGUGUUUGAACUAAAGGACAACGUCAAGUGCGCCCUGGUCAAGCUGUCGGGAGACGAGGUGUGGAAGUACGACCAGGUCUUACAUUCAGGAAAGUACCCGAAGCGCUUCGUGUACAAGAGGCACAAGAUGAUGGUGGCCCUGGUCUUCGAAGAGUUCUACGUCCUCAUAGAAAAGGGCAAGGGCUCUGAGCUCUGGGUCCCCAAGGAGUCAACACCCCUUGACCUCUCUCAGGCCACUCCCACACAUAAGUAUAUCUACGAAGUGCACGAAUUGUUUUCAAUUUAUGUCCCGACGGAAGAGUUUGUGUUCGCUCAAGUCAAAAUGAAUGAUGAUGUAAUUUACGAGCCAAUUAACCCAUGCGACCUAGCAGCAAAGGUGUUGGUUUACAAAACAUCGUCCAAUAUUGACGUCGUCGACCUGUACUUGCCGGGCGGAAUCAUAAAGCGCUACGGUAGAAGCCAGGACGGCACGUGGUACGAGAAGCUGACUACCCUGUCCCUAGACCUUAAAAUGGAAGGGAGCGGAUCCUACUUCAAGUGCACGGGCAGGAACACAGGAUCGUACGUUACGAAAAAAAGCUUCGGAUUUAACAAAAUCGUAUUCGGCUCAUGGGACAUCUGGGAGGCUGACAACGAGAGGGACUACGCCUUUAAGGUCGACGUUAACGAGUUGGAAGACAGCUUUUUGGUAAAAGUGUAUCUGAAGGCCGGUGUGAUGAAGGAGUUCAAUGUGCAAAAGAUUAAUCGCCAAAAAUUAUUGGACGUUCCCACGCCCUCUCAUUCCGGGUCAGAUGCUUCGUCGCACCACGUCAGUCUACUUUAA